ACUUUGAAGCCCUGGUGUUUAAGUUUUUUUUGUUAGCAUUGCUUAAUUACAAUUGGUAAAUGAAUUUUCAAUGAAAUGCAGUGCAAAAAUUGUUAAUAAUUGUGGCAGGAAAUCGAGUUGCCUAUUGAAAUAACUCAAUGUCGAUAGCUAGCAGGACGAACCUCACGAAACACACGCGACGACAUUGGAUAUAUCCCCGCCGGAGAUAGCCAGUGCGGUUUUAUUUUUUGUUUUCCCCCUCUGUUUUUUGUUGUUGUUGUUGUUUUUGUUUUUAAGCGCAUUUAGCUAGUUGCAUUUGGUUUGUAAUGCCCGGGCACAGGGGCACGGUGGAGCCGGAGGAUGCCGAUGACAGCAGCUCCACGGAUUUAUCACUUGGCCAGGCGACAACUGGCGGCGGCGGCAAGGCACGCCUGGACAGCCUGCGCGAGAAUCUGUUCAAGCAACAGGAACGUCUCACGGCGUUGCGUGAGCGCGCGCUGCGCAAAUCCGAGGAUGGCGCUGGCGCUCCACUCAAGUCCAGCCUAAGUGAUUCCAUGGAAUCGCUCAAGUCGCUGGGCCAGAAGCUGACCAUGCUGAAGGGCUCGCCGGGCCAGCAGCUGCUGUCCUCCACGCCGCUGGUCACGCCCACCAAGCUGGCCGACCAGCUGGAGUACAGCGGCAGCGAGAAGCUGCAAAUGCUCAACCAGCGCACCGAACAGAAUCGUGCGCUGCUCGAGCAGCGCAAACGUGACAUGGCCAAAUCGCUGCAGUCGGUCAAGACGGGCCUCCGUCUGAGCACCAGCAGCGAGCUGGGCUCCUCGAUGAGCGAUCUGCGCGCCGCGGCUGCAGCGGCGGCGGCGGCGACGCCGGCGCCCGUGUCGCGGCAUCGUUCCGCGGCGGAUCUGCAGCAGCAGCAACAGCAGGCGCAGGCGCAGCCGGCCAGCGAGGAGGGUCGCCUGAAGCUGCUGAAGAACAAGAUGAAGCUGAUCGAGAUGAAGCAGGGCCGCAAGGAGCAGGAGCUGCAGCAGGAACUGCACGAGCUGCGCCACGAACUGGCGCAGCGCGAACAGCACAUACAACAGCUGGAGGCGAGCGAACGCCCGCUGGCCGAGCAGGAGAACACCCGCCUGCACGCCGAGAUCGAGCAGCUGCGCACGCGCAACGCCGAGCUGGAGCACAGCAGCGAAAUGCUAGAGACGCUGCGCCUCGAGCUGCACAGCGCACGCGAGCAGCUGCUCGAACAGCAGCAGAGCCAGGCCGUCUCAACCGAUGCGCAGGUCAAUGUGGAGCUGGCCAAGCAGCUGCAGGAGCUGCAGCAACAAUUGCUGGAGCAGCAGCAGCAGCAGCAGCUGGAGGAGCUGGAUGAGCCCAGCGCUGGCAGCGAAACGCAACGUUUGGCCGAGCUGGAGGCGAUUAUCGAGACGCAGAACGAACAGCUGGCGGAGAAGACCACCGAGCUGAAUGUGCUCAAUGUCAAUUUGCGCGUGCUCGAGGAGCGGCUGGCGCAGAGCGUCAAGAGCAAGCCGCUCUUCCAGGACGAGGAGGCGGCGGCCAGCGAGCAGCUGCAGCUGCAGCAGCUCAAGCAGAAGCUGGACGAGUGCAACAAGAGCAACAUCAAGCUGAAGCUCAAGUGCAAGCAGGCCGAGAAGCAGCUGCAGCAGCUGCAGGGCCAGGAUGCGCAGCAGGAGCUACUGCGAUUGACGGCCGAAAAUGAGCAGCUGCAGCAGCGCAUCACGGUGCUCGAGGAUGAGAAGGGCCAGUGGCAGCUGGCCCAUGUCGAACGGGAGCAACAGGUGGAGGAGGAUCAGCAGCAGCAGCACCAGCACCAGCAGCAGCUGGUGAGCAAAUCCACGGCCACAGCUGGCCAAAACGACGAGACGAUACGCCUGCUGGAGGAGCAGAAGGAGGAGCUGCAGCAGGCACUGGCAGCGCUGCAAAUGGGCAGCGCCGCGGCACGCGUCGAAUCCGAACUGAGCGAGGUGCAGCUAGAGGAGCAGCUGUCGCAGCGCGUCCAACAACUGGAGGCGGAGGCCAACGAGCAGCGCCAACAGCUGCAGACGCUGCAGUCCGAGAAGGAGGCGCUCGACAAGAAGCUCAGCCACUACAUCAACGAGAACAUGGAGCUGCUGGACAAGCUGGAGAAGCUGAGCUCCUCCAGCUCUGCGGAGUCCAUCGAGAUUGUCGAACGACCCACAGAUCGACGCUUCAGUCCGGCUGAUCCAGCUGCCGUCGGAGACGGAGAUGGAGCUGGAGCUGGAGUUGACCCUAAUGUUGGAGCUGGACAAGAGCCAGCCGCUGCGCCUGUUCGGCUGCCGAGCUUUGUGAGCGAGCUCACCCAAACGGAUCUGGUGGCGGCGGGGCCCGAGCUGGAGGUCAACGAGAGUCUCGCCCAGCUGCGCAACGAGAGCGACGAGCUGCUCCAGAAGAUUGAGCUCUUCACCAGCGAGCGGCGCGAGGUGCUCGCCAAAAUGGAGCAGCUGCAGGCGCAGAAUGCCCAGCUCCAAGUCCAGCUGCAGACGACGCAGGAGCAGCUGCUGGCGGAGCGUGGCUCGCUGCAGGCACAGCUGGAGGAACUGCAGCGGGAUAAGCAACAGCUGUCGCUGCAGUUAAGCGACAAAUCGUCGAAUCUCUCGCAGGAGCUGAGCUCCAUGCAACGCUCCUCGGAGGUGGUCGCCGCCCUCGACUGCGGCUCUGGCGGCGCCGCGCUCUUCGACAAAUGCGAACGUUCCCUCUCCAAGCUCAGCUCCGAGCUGGAUGCCUAUCGCAAGGCCAACGAUCGCAACGCCAAGCUGAACGUGUCCAAGAAACUGGCCAAGGAGGCCAAAAAUGUGCACAGCCAGCUCUCGGAGCUGCUGCACAAGGUCAAGGAGGCCAGCACCGCGGUGGAGACGGUCACCGUCGUCGAAACCGUUGUCGCUGUCACUGCGCCCAAUGGCAAAGCUCUCGCGGAAUACGAACAGCUCAAUGCACAGAAUGCCGAGCUGAAGGCCGCCCUGGCAGCGCUCCAAGCGGAGCUGGACGAGAUGCGCGACAGCUGCGAGUCGACGUCGGAGCAGCUGUCCAAGCGGGCAAUAGGCCACAAGCUCGACGAGGAGUGGGAGCGGGAGCAGGAACAGGAGCGGGAGAAGGAAAGGGAACAGGAGCGGGAGAAGGAAAGGGAGCGGGAGCGAGAAUCCCUUAUAGCGGAGCAGCAACAGCAGCUGGCCCAGCUGGAGUCGAUCAUUGCGGAACUGCGCGCCGGCGAAACGGAGCACCUGCAGCUGAUUGGCAGCCAGAGCGCGGAGCUGGUGCAGCUGCAGCUGCAGGCGGAGCAGUACGAUCAGACGCUGAACAACAGCGAAAUGGCCCACGAGAAGCACAUGGAGCAGCAGCAGCGUCUGCGCCGAGAGCUUCAGUCGCGCAUCGAGACGCUGGAGGGGGAGCAGAGCAUACUGCAGGCUUUGGUCGCCGAGCAGAAGCAACAGCUGAUCGAGAGCUACAGCGAGGGCGAGUACGAGACGCAGCUGAAGCUGCUGGAGCUGCAGCAGUGCCAGCAGGAGCUGGAGCAGAGCGAGUCGCGCAACAAGGAGCUGCGCGACAAGCUCAAGAAAUAUGCCUUGAAUCUUAAGAAGCGGCAGGUGGAGCUGCAGCAGGAGCAGGCCAACUCGGCGGAGCUGCGCGACCAAAAGCAGCGCCUCCAAGCGGAGCUGGAGCAGGCGCAGCAGCAGGCCCAGCUGGAGAACAAGGAGCUGCAGCAGCAGCUGCUCAAGCAACAACCCAAGCUGGCCAAGCUCAAGGAGGAGGUGGAACGCCUCCAGGUCGAGCUGCAGAACACGGUGCACGCCAAUACGGCGCUGCGCCAGGAAAGCUACCAGCUGGAGCUGUCCCUUGCCGAGCAGACCAGCAGCGAGGAGCUGCGCCGCCAGUUGGAGCAGAAAUCCCUGAAGUUCGACAAGUCCAAGGAGGUGAUCAAGCAGCGCAACGCCACCAUCCAGAACCUGCAGCGGGAGCUUGCCGAGCUGCGUGUCCAGCUGCAGGCCCAGUCCGAGGAUGAGGAGUUGAAGCAUUCGAUGAUGCUGCUCCAGGUGCAGCAGCUGCAGGCGCAGAGCGACCAGCUCAGGGAGGACAAGAUCAACUUUGAGAUGGCCUACGCCCGGCUGGAGACGCUGCACUCGGGCAUCCAGCUCAAGCUGCAGCAGGAUCAAUCCUAUAUCGAGUCGGUGGAGGCGCAGAAUGCCGAAUUGCAGACCAAGUGCACGGCACUCGAGGAUCGGGCCGCUGUGCUGCAGGGGCACGAACUGAGCGGCAAGGAGGAGCUGCAGCUGCUCGAGCAACAGCUGCAAAUGGUCGAGCAGCAGCGGGCCGAGAACGAGGCGCAUCUCGCCGCACGCCUCCAGCAGCUGGCGGAGCGCGAGCUCAGCCAAAGCGAGCAGCUGCAGCGGCUCGCCAGCGAGGCGCAGGAGGCGCGCGAACAAAUGCUCGCACUCCAGGCUGCGCACGAUGCGCUCCUGGCGCGGCACAAGCAACUGACGCAGCAAGCCCAGCUGGCGCAGGAGGAGCGCGACCAGGAGCUGCACGAGCUGCGCACACAGCUGGAGCAGCGCAACCAGGAGCUGCAGCGCCAGCGACAGGUCUACGAUGCCAAGCUGGCGGCCAAGGCCAGCGAGCUGGACGAGCUCGACUGCGAUCUGAGCGCACAUAUGGAACGGGCCACGGCGCAGACGCGUGAGCUUACCCAUCAGCUGGAGCGCGCCCAGGAGCAGCUGCAGCAACGCGACGAGCAGCUGGCCCGCCUCAACGAGGAGCUUGCCGAGCUGGAGCGCGAACGACUCCAGCUGCUUGACAGCAGCCAGCGGAAUGUGCAGCAGAUGCAGCAGCUCCGUAUGCAGUCCAACCAGCAGCUGCGGGCGCUCCAGCAACAGAUCGCCGAUCUGGGCACGCACAACCAGACCGACGACCAGGUCCACAUCGAGACGGAGACCAACCGACUCGCCGAGAAGCUCGCCCAGCUCGACGAGCAAGCCGAGCAGCUAGCUCUAGCUCCAGCUCCGGUUCCAGCUGACGAUUGGAUGGCCUGGUCCAUACCUGAUCCUGACCCUGGCCAAGUUCCAGUGUCCGCGGAGCAGAGUUUGCCAUUGCCCGCGCCCGCCAUGUUCUUUGGCGGCGAUGCGGCGGCGGCGCCCUCGCCCUUCGACGAGAUUGUCGCCCAACCGCUGCAGAUGAGCACACAGAAUGUGGGCGUGGCACAGGGUGAGUCGAGCGAUCGGAGCAUCGAGAAUCUGCAGCGCAACGUGUCCGAUCUGGAGAAGCACGCCAAGGAGCUGGAGUCGCAGCUGGUGGCGCGCAACCAAGCGCUGGCCGAGCACGAGGAGCAGCGCGUCCAACUGGAGCGGCUGCUGGCCGAACGGGAACAGGAGCUGGACCAGCUGCGCGCCGCUGCCGAGGAGCGCGAACGUCUCGCGGCCAUCGAGCAGCUAAUACAGCCGCCCACCCUGGACAUGUUCUUUGGCGGCAGCGGCGGCGGCGUCGGUGAGACGGUGCCGGAUGCAGCCGUUGCCAGAUCCCAACAGGAGCUGGGUCUGCCGCAGAGCGAGCCCGUCGUCGAGCAGCUCAUAACGCCAAAGAAGGCGUAUCUCUGCCAGCCAGAGCAGCAGCAGCAGGAGCAGCAGCAGCAGCUGGAGCUGGCCAUCGACUGGGCCGUGGACGUGGACGAGGAUCCGUGGGCAAAUGCCGGAGCCGAGCAGCAGGAGCAGGAGCAGCAGCUGACAGAUGUGAAUGCAGCGCUGCAUGCGCGCAUCGAGGAGCUGGAGGCGCAGAAGGCGAAGCUGCAGACGAAGACCGCCAAGCUGAUGAAGUGCGUCAAGGAGUACCGCAGCAAGGAGCAGCAGGAGGCGGCGCGCAAGGACAACAACAACGAACUGGACGGCGCCAUCAUGGACGAGCUGAAGCUGCAGCUGCAGCUGCAGGAGACGCGUCAGGCCAAGACCGAGGAGCUGCUCCAACAGCAAACGCUCGAAAAGGAGAAGCUAGUGAAGCGCAUCGAUGUGCUAACCGCCGGCAACGAGCGCAUGGCCGAGCUCAAGGAGCGCCAGGAUCGCGAGGUCCAAAUGUAUCAGACGCGCAUACGCGAGCUCCAGCAGAAGCUCGAGCAGCUCGAGAGCUGGGACGAAGUGACAGCCACGCCCACGCCCAUCGCUGAUGAUGCAGCGGAUGCGGCGGAUGCAGCACGUGCAACCAUUGAGAAUUUACAGGCCGAGAACCAGGAGCUGAACAGCGAGUGCCAGGAGCUGUUGGCACAGCUGCAGCAGGAGAAGCAGCGGGCGCAGCGCGAACGGGAGCAGCUGCAAGCGCAGCUGGAGGAGGCACAUGACCAGCAGGCGGAGCAGCUGAAGCAGCAGGUGGAGCAGCUGAAGCAGCAGGCGGAGCAGCAGGUGGAGCAGCAGGUGGAGCAGGUGAAACACCAAGUGGAGCUCGAGAAGCAACAGGUGAAGCAGGAGAAGCAGCAGGCGGAGCUCGAGAAGCUGCAGGCGGAGCAGGAGUGCCAGCAGCUGCAGCUGCAGCUGGCUGAGCUCAGGGCCAAGCAGCUCGAGCUGCCGGCGAUGGUAACGACGCCGCCAGCUGCGACUGCAACUGCAGCCAGUGAUGAUGAGAGCCGGGCGCUGUUGCAGGAAAAGGAAUCGGAAAUUGUGCAUCUGAAGCAGCGCAUCGAGGACCUAAUGCGCGAGGAUCAAACCGAAAAGCUGGUGCUGGAGAUUCUAACCAAGAACCAGGAGCUGCAGCUGCUGCGCAUCCAAGUCAAGCAGCUCGAGGAGGACAAGCUGGAGCAGCAGCAGCAGGCCAGCCAGGCGGCAGCUCAGCCGGCCGAGGAACUGGAGCAGCUGCGUCGCCAGUGCGAGCAGCAGCAGCAGGAGAAGUCCGACAUGGAGGAGGAGCUGCGCGUGCUCAACAAUCAUGUGCUCGCCAGCCUAGAGCUGGAGGACAAAAUGAAGCAAGCCCUGCUCGAGCUGGACACGAAAACCAUUGAGAUAACCGAGCUGCGCAAAACGCUGGAGCAGCUCCAGCAGCAGCAGGCGGAGCAGCAGGUGGAGCAGCAGGCGGAGCCACAAUCCGAUAUCGGGGCACUGAACAAGCAGUGGGAGGCGCUGGUGGAGCAAAAGUGCAGCGAGGUGGCCAGCAUUUGGCAGGAGCAUCUGGCGCAGCGCGAGGCCGAUUACCAGGCGAAGAUCGAACAGCUGACGGCAGAUGCGGCCCAAUCUCCGGCAGAAAAGGCGGAGGAGCCAACGGACGUCGACGAGAUGCUGGUGAAGAUGCAGCGAGCGCUGGAGACGCAGGAAAUGGAAAUUGUGACAUUGAAGGAACAGCUGGCGAUACGUUCCGCUGAAUAUGCACGUCUCGCCUCCCAAUACGAUCCCUUCCGGCUGCAGAAUACGCUCGGCGGCGGCGGCAAUCCGAGCGGAUCGACAGCAGCGGGCAACAGCUCGGAUCCGCAGUCGGCGGAGCUUGUGCCCAAAUCGGAUCUGGACUAUGCGCUCAUGAUGCUCCAUCAGCGAGACAUGCGCGUCGAGGAGAUGAUCGUGGAGCUAGUGCAGCUGCUCGAGGAGCGCGAUCAUCUGCAGCUCAAGCUCUCGGACACGCUGCGCCAACUGGAGGCCGAGCGCACUGGCGCACCCUCCUCCAUCUCGCCGGCGGCACCGACGACGACGGCGGCGGCGGCCUUGGGCAGCCCCAACCUACAGCUGAGCGUGAGGAGCAGCAGCAGCAGCGGCGAUCUCGCCGUGUCCCCAGCUGCCAGCGGCAGCGAUCUGAAGCAGAAAUUGGCCGAGCUGCAAACGGUGAAGCAUUCCAAGGACAAGGCAAUUGUGGACGAGCGCGAGCAGCGACUGCAACAGAUGGUUCAGCUGCAGCGGGACAUGGCGAAGGCGGCGCCAACAGCCGGAGCAGCAGCAGCCGGCACGUCUCCAGUGACAACAGCUCUGCCUAGUCCUACUCCUCCUGCGCAGCAGCCGCAGCAGCAGCUCGAUGUGGAUCCAAGUCAACCUGCGCUGCGCUCCCCUUCCAUGCUGCUUAUGGACUGGAUAUUGGGAAACAACAAGAGCGAGGACGAGGCGCCACAGACGCCACAUAGCCUGUCCUCCCCCCAGCAGCAGCAGCAGCAGCAGCCGUCGUCGUCGUCGUCGUCGCAUCCUCCGGCGAGCAACUAGCAGCUCGCCAAGCGUCGCCAGCGUCGCCAGCGUUGCGCCAAGUUGACUGAGGCGAAAUAAUUAUCGAUUUAAACAACCUAGCAUAAGAGUUCUAUAUUGUGUACCUUGGCUGAAUGUAAACAAAGAAAGAUGUAAAAGAAAAACAGCAAAAGAAAAACGAAAAAACAAACAAACAAACAACAAAAAUAUGAGAUCAACUAUUCCCGAAUUGAGGCCCGCGCCCACGUUUUAUGUUGUAGAUAUGUAAAAAUUGUAAAAAAAAAAACAAAAAAAAAAGGAGAAAAAACAACUAGAAACAUAUGAAUAUAAAAAC